GAAUGCGCAUGCGUGGCCAUUUUGGGAACUGUUUUCUGCUAGUAAAACGACGGACGAGAUUAUUGCCGCCUUUGUGGCAAAAUGUGUGCUCAUAUUUAGCUUUUAAUCAUUUCUAAGUACAUUAGUUGUCUCCAUGCACGUUGACGCGUCCCAGCUUAGUUUGCUAGCUGCUGAACAGAAGACGCGAACAAGACAUUGCUGAGCAGAUCUUCAACGGGGAGAGGAAAAUGUGAUUGUUUGAAAAUGUGCGAAAGAACGAUUGCAAAAUACGAGGAGGAACUUGAAGAGGAGAAGGAGCGACAACGUCAACCACUGGACGCUCUUUUCAACAAACAUCAAGUUGUGUCACACAGAACAGAUGUCCUCAGUCCUCAACAGCAGGCGUGGACCCCCGGGGUGAAGCAGGAGGAGCCACAGCCCCCCCACAUCAAAGAGGAAGAGGAGGAACACAGCAUCAGUCAGGAGGCAGAGCAUCUUCAAGGACUGCAUGUCUUCUCGGUGGUCGGUGUCAUCGUGAAGGGUGAAGGUGAUGAGGUCAAAGGUGAAAGUGAGGAGCAGAGAGAGGUGGAGAGACCAAGCAGCAGCUCAAGUCAACACAUGACAACAGAAGGUGAUGGAGACCACUGUGGAGGAUCGCAAGCAGACUUGGCUCCACUAUCAGAUAGCGAGGACACAACAUCCCACUCUUCUGACACUGAUGAUGAGGAUGAAGACUCUAAGGCCCAUCAGACUGACAACAGAUGCUGGAAAUGCUCCGAAUGUGGAAAAACCUUCAGCAGGAAGGGAAAUCUCAAUGUGCACAUGAGGAUCAUUCAUGCUGGCGAGAAACCUUUCUGCUGUCAAAUGUGUGGUAAACAAUUCUCUACAAAAGCACACGUGGCACGGCACGCCAGAACGCACUUUGUCGACGACGACAACACGCGCUUCCAGUGCUCCCAAUGUGACAAGACUUUUAGCAGCAAGGGCAAUCUCAAUGUGCACAUGAGGAUUAUACACAAAGGCGAGAAACCAUUCAGCUGUGCAAUUUGCGGUAAGCGCUUCUCCACAAAAGCGCACAUGACGACACACACAAGAACGCACUCCAGUGACAAUGACAACGCGCGCUUUGAAUGUUCUCAGUGUGACAAAACGUUUAGUAACAAGGGAAAUCUGACCGUGCACUUGAGGAUCAUUCACAAGGGCGAGAAACCGUUCUGCUGCGCAAAUUGCGGCAAGCAAUUCUCGUCGAAAGGUCACGUGACGGCGCACAUGCGAACGCACACCGGCGAGAAACCAUACGCCUGCUCUGUCUGCAACAGACGUUUCUCUCGUUGGUCGCUGGUGGUGCGACACAAGCGAACGCACACCGGAGAGAAACCGUUCACCUGCUCGUCAUGCGGCGUCGCAUUCUCUCAAAAGUCGGGUUUGACAAAACAUACCAGAAUACAUACUAAAGAAAAACCAUACGCCUGCUCAAUCUGUCACCGAAGUUUUGCAGUGAGUUCCGGAUUGGACAAGCACAUGACGAUACACACCGGGGAAAAACCUUUUACCUGUUCAGUCUGUGGAUUGAGUUUUGUACGUAAGUUAGUUUUGAAAGUGCACAUGAGAAUACACACGGGUGAGAAAGCGUUCAGUUGCAGCGUGUGCCAUGAAAGGUUCUCCUAUAAGUACCAGGUGGACAAACACAAAUGUGUGGGUGAGACAAGGACGUGAAAUGUCUGUGCAGUCGAUAUAAUACAUGUCCCACUUAUGAAUAUAAGCAGUCGGAAACGUGCUGACAUUUGAGACUUUUGUGAUGUACUGUAGUAAGAUGGCAUUUAUAUCAGUGUCAGCCUGUGUACGUUUUUUUCCGUCACAAGAAAAUGUCAAGCGUGUGGACAAAAGUAACUUCCAAAGGACCGAAAGUUGUAAUGUUUUAAGAACUAAAAAAGUUGCCUUUUGAGAGGUUGCUUAUUUAGAUCCGAGACACGGACCAGUGCUUUGUGGCACAGGUGCUGUUGGAGUGCAAAGACAAAGCAGAAAUAUACCAAAUAUUACUUCCGCUGUCGCAUGUUGCAGAACUCUUUUUUUUUUUGUUUUUGCCGAGCAUCAAAUCCUGUCUGAUGGGAUUUCCUCACAAAGACCUUCCCGAACAGAAGAAGACUUCUGGAUGUCUGCGUUGGAAGAGAAACUAAGUAGAUGUCAAUGUUGGACAGAUAUUUCGCAAUACAAUUUGUUUUCUGAUGUGUCCCGCCAAUAAAAGUACAGGUAAAAAAAUGUAGCUUACCAUGUAGCAAAGGUAGCUUACCACCAUUAAAGUUUUUAUUAUUAUUAUUAUUAAAUAACAUUGGAAACGUUAUUGUUUUUUAAAUGUGCUAUAUAAAUAAAGUGGAUUGGAUUGGA